GAAGCUUCUGUUUACACACCCAUUUGGAUACAUUCAACAUACUUUCCUAUUUACAGUAAAGCAGACACGAAGCGUCACUUAGCAGCAGGAAUGAACGUGUACCACCGUAAUUAGACUCACGUUGUAGCUGUACACAUUAACAGUCUAAUGGCUUCACAAACCCCGGUAACGCAACAAAUCUGUAGAAAACCAGAAGACUACCAAGUGCAUAUUCCUGAACCCGCUUUUGAGCUUUAUCUGAAAAAUAUUGAGGAUUGUUGCCUUGUUGAUCGGGAGGGGCAAACAUUUCCAUUUCGGAAUCUGCACCAGGACCAAAAAGUUAUAAUUAUUUUUGUAAGGCAUUUCUUAUGUUAUACCUGCAAGGAAUAUGUUGAGGAUUUGGCAAAAAUACCCAGGAGUUCCUUAAAGGAUGCUGAUGUGAGGCUUGUCGUCAUUGGACAGUGUUCUUAUCAUCAUAUUGAGGCAUUUUGCUUAGUGACUGGAUAUCAUCAUGAAAUCUAUGUUGAUCCAGAUCGAGAAAUCUAUAAAGCACUAGGAAUGAAGCAGGGUGAAACAACCAGCACACCAGCUAAAAGCCCUCAUGUAAAAUCUGGUAUAUUGACUGGAAGCUUCAAGAGCUUUUGUAGAGCAAUGAAGAGUCCUGUAUUUGAUUUUCAGGGAGAGCCUUCUCAGCAAGGAGGUGCUAUGAUUGUUGGACCUGGCAAAGUAGUUCAUUUUCUCCAUCUAGACAGAAACAGACUUGACCACGUGCCUAUAAAUGUUCUGUUGCAGACAGCAGGUGUUCAGACAAUCGAUUUCCAAAACAGACCAAGAGUUAUUGAAGUGUGAUACCAUAACCACUGAAACCAGUCAUGUAAUUUUGGAAAUUGUUUGAACCAUUGACCAGAGAGACAGACAGACACAAAAUGUCACGUGGUUUAUUUUCCUGAAAAAUGUACUUUACAAACUGCAAGCCUUCACCAAAGAUGCUCCGUACUGUUCAGUUUUAUAUGAAUUUACCAUUUUGUGCCAUUAAGAAAGUAAAACAGUAAAAUGCUGCAGGUGUUAAAAUUAUUUGCAAAAUGUACACAGCUAGCAUUCUUGUUUUCUAUCCAUUUAAAAUGUCUUCCCUUCUGUUCAGAACUGUCUUCUUAUUCUGUAUGUUUUUAUAUUUGUUAGUAAUAUAUACACACUACCAGAAAGUGUCCUUCAUUGUAUGUAAAACGAUAUAUAUCUUUAUUACUAGUUUGCAUUUUUAGACUGGUUGAUGGUAUACUUAUCUUUACCGUACACUGUACGUUGCAGGGAUGUAAAACUAUAAGCUUAUUCAAGCAAUCAAAAUUGCUUCCAGCACAGAUGUUACUUCCCUAAACUUUAAAUACCAAAGAAACAUUUCAAUGGAUAAUAAAAAUAUCAGACUCUUUCACUGACAAAAAAAGAACUGGAGCAGCACAAACCUUAUUACCUCAACAUGCCGUCAACAGCACUUAAGACUGUAUGAAAACAGCAGAAAAACUAUGAACAUUAAUCCCUAAGAAAUUAAAAGAAAAUACUGCCAAGACAUAAAAUGAUUGAAUGUACCAUAAGUAUGUUUGACAAGAGAAAAGUGAAGCAUCAACACAAAGACUGAUUCCGUGGUCAAUAAACAUGUUCAAAACA